UUCUUGCAAGAAAGAAGAGAGAAAGGCCAGAAAGGUCCAGCCAGAGUCUGGGAGUGUCAGAUUUCAAACUCAGCAUUAGCCACUCAGAGAGCAGUGCCAUGUUGGGGGCCUACCUCAGACUCCUGAUCUGUGCGCUGUGCAGUGCGUGGAGUGUGAACACCAUCGUUGCCUACCCUGACACCUCACCACUGCUCAGCUCCAGCUGGGGCGGCCUGACUCACCUGUACACUGCCACAGCCAGAAACAGCUACCACCUGCAGAUCCACAGGGAUGGCCAUGUGGAUGGCACACCCCAUCAAACCAUCUACAGUGCCUUGAUGAUCAGGUCAGAGGAUGCAGGCUUCGUGGUUAUAACAGGUGUGAUGAGCCGGAGGUUCCUCUGCAUGGAUUUCAGAGGCAACAUUUUCGGAUCACAUCACUUCAGCCCCGAGAACUGCAGGUUCCUCCAGCGGACGCUGGAGAACGGCUACGACGUCUACCUGUCCCCGCAGCACCACUUCCUAGUGAGCCUGGGCCGAGCCAAGAGGGCGUUCCUGCCAGGUACCAACCCGCCGCCCUUCUCGCAGUUCCUGUCGCGCAGAAACGAGAUCCCGCUGCUGCACUUCCACACCCCGCGGCCGCGGAGACACACGCGCAGCGCGGAGGACGAGCCCGAGCGCGACCCACUCAAAGUGCUCAAGCCGCGGCCCCGCGCCACUCCCGCGCCCGCAUCCUGCUCGCAGGAGCUGCCGAGCGCCGAGGACGGCGGCCCAGCGGCCAGCGACCCCCUGGGGGUGCUGCGGGGCCGGGUGAACCCGCACGCGGGAGCCGGGGGAGCGCAUCGCUGCCGUCCCUUCCCCAGGUUCAUCUAGGGAAACCCAGCCUCGGUCCUUCAGGCCGUUCAGUCAUCCUCAAAGGCCAGAGGGUGGGGUGGCCUGGGGACCCCCACUUCUCUCCCCUUCCGGUCCCCAGCUUCGCCCUGAGAGUCACAUGUGAGGCCCUAGACAGACACCACCAUUCCUAAUAAGACCCCAACAGGGCUAGACACUUGCCCUCCCCAUCUUCUUACCCCAUCAUCCAUCCAUCGUACAUUUAGCAUUGAGAAACAGCAAAGGGCCAGGCGUGGUGGCGCGCGCCUUUAAUCCCAGGCAGAGACCCGUAUAACUAUGUGAGUUCGAGGCCAGCCUGGUCUACAUAGCAACUUCCAGGUCACUUAAAGAAAAAGAAAGAAAAGAAAACAGCAAUGGCUCAGCGGGUUCACACCCUGGACACAGGGAAGAGGCUUUCCCUGCAGCCUCACCAAGCUUGGCCCAAAUGGCCUCACAGGGCAGGCCAAUGAAAACACCGAUUUCAAACUUGUUCUGCUGAAAGCAUCCCAGAGCUUUCGAAAUAGAUGGGCGGUGGGGUGGCCAGAAAAGAACACGAGGUAAAUCCAAACGGGGUUCCUUCUGGGACUCUUUCUAGAAAGCGCAACCUCCUUGCAGAGUGGGCACUCUGUGCCAGAUUCAGAGUCAAGACUGACCCUGCGCUGUUUCCACUUGGCUGCUGUCAGACGGACCCUUUCGGCCCUGGCUUUCUGAACUUGUCCUUACUGGGGGAAAAAUCUGCCUUGCUUAAAUGUGUGCAAAAUGCAAAUGCAUGAACUCUCCCCAAAGAGGCAUUUUUAAUUAAGCCUCUUCUCGCAGGUUAGUAGUUAUACUUUCUGGGUGAAUUGUGAAAAUGUGGCUUGGGAGGGGUCCUUGAGACCCUGGGGAUGCUCUGGGCUAGGUUUUCUGUGUACAGAAAAAGCACUUCCUUUCCCCACCCCACCCCCUAGUGAAAUGAAAGCAAGGACUCAUGGGAAAAGAAACCAGUUUCCAGCGGACCAAGCUGCGGGACAGUGACUAUAGCAUUAAAGAGCUCUUGGGCCUCGAUCUGCAUGGAAACUCUUGGGGUAUUAAAGAAACAUUUUCAGUCCCAGAAACUGGGCCAUCCUGGGGCAACCGAGGCCUCAGCAUGAACAAACUGCAAGCAAGUGUUAGGCAGGGUCUUAGGCUUAACCCGUGACAGUCUUUCAACCCAGAUCACCCUUUUCUACCUCUACUUAAAUGAUCACCUAAAGUGCAGAAUACUUGCAAGUGAGUCAAUUCAGACAGCUUUUUGUUUUUCACUGUCAUGUACACAGACUAAGAAAUGGAUCCAUUCUUUAGUUUAUCAGAGAAUAUGGGACAACUGUUCGCACCUGAUGGUUUUACUAGCUCCGACUUCUCCGAAAUACUCAAACUAUACGUAGCAGUAGAUACCCACACACUGCAAAUAUUUUCUUUACUGAUUUUCAUUUCCUGUUGGGGAUAUUAUUUUGUACAGUAGCUGCUGGAGACAACUACAUGAAAAAAGGGAAAAAAAAUCCCCAAAGAACUUUGGUAGCAAACUGGUUGUAAACUCACAAGAUCAACACCACCAUCUGGGGCUUUCUUUCUGUGGAGCCAAGAUGAACCCUGUAUCUUAAGUCCUUUAGCAUGUGGCAAUAUUUAUUUAUUUAUUUGGAAGAUUUUGCCCGUCACUCUAUAUUUAUGGAUAUUUAUAAAAUGCAAUCCCACAGUUUUCCUUCUGUUUAAAAUAAAAAUAAAGUUUAUCUCAGCUUCUG